CGAGCGAACUCCCCUUCUCUCCCCCUUCCCCUCCCUCUUCGUUAACCUUCCCCCUCUCUCAACCAGAGAGAAGAAGAGCACACGCGAACGAAACCCUAACCCUAGGAGGAAGGAGGCGUGUUCAUCGACCAUGGCUAGAGGAAGGAGAGAGAGAUCAGAUACUUUCCCUUCCCUGUUGAUCUCCGUUUUGCUUUGCCUCUCGGCGAUCCGGGUCCAAUCGCUCCGAUUCGAGCUCCAAUCCGGCCACACCAAGUGCAUAUCCGAGGACAUCAAGCUCAACGCCAUGACCGUGGGCAAGUACUCCGUCGUCAACCCCUCCGAUUCCCUCCCCCUCCCCGAUUCCCACCGCGUCACCCUCAGGGUGACCUCGCCGUAUGGUAACAGCAUGCACUUCGCGGAGAACGUGGAGUCGGGGAACUUCGCGUUCACCGCGUACGAGGCGGGCGACUUCCUCGCAUGCUUCUGGACGCCCGAUCACCAGCCUCCCGUGACGGUCACCGUUGAGUUCGAGUGGAAGAGCGGUGUCGCCGCCAAGGAUUGGACCAAAGUCGCCAAGAAAGGGCAGAUCGAUCUCAUGGAGCUGGAAUUGAAGAAGCUGGAGGAUACUGUUAAGACGAUCCAUGAGGAAAUGUUCUUUCUUCGUGAAAGGGAGGAGGAAAUGCAGGAGAUGAACAGAAAAACCAACUCAAGGAUGGCUUGGCUCAGUUUUCUCUCUCUUGCUAUGUGUUUAUCUGUAGCAGGAUUACAAUUAUGGCAUCUAAAGACAUUUUUCGAGAGAAAGAAGCUGCUCUAAUCCGGUUUCAAAGAUGAUACUCCAUGACAUGUGCUCUUUGGCACUCUAGUAGUUGCUUAGAGGCCUUUUUUUGCCCCUUUUGUUUGCUGUAGCCUUACAGAAACACAAUUGAUUACCUUCAAAUGCUGUGGACUGGUUAAUUUUCUUAUUUACUGGAGUUGUAGAUCUUUUUAAAGAGUCUAGAAAUCAAAAUCUGGUCAUUGUAUUUGCUUAA